AAGCUCCUUUCUGCUCUGCAAGGAGGGGUGUGAAUCAGCACAGCUCCCCAGCACGGCAAGAAUCGCCGUGAGUCUCCUGCAGCCCAGGGCACCAUCCCCGUGUCUCUCUGCCCAGGGAUCAAGCUGUGGUCAGCUUCAGCCGGCCAGGAGCAAGGGCCUGCUCUGGCCAGGAGUGGGGACCAUCCCUGCAGUGACCCAAAGAGAUGCUUCAGUCUAGCUGCUGCAGGAGAUUUUCCCAUGCCAAUGCCAUUUGCUGCUGGCCAGUGCCCGCUGUCACAGUGUCCCUGUGUCCCCUUGCAGAGUGCUCAGGGACAAUGAGCUGCGGACACUGAAGAGCCAUUCCCUGGAGGGGCUGUUCCUGCUGAAGCGCCUGUAAGCACCGUGCCUUGCCCACGGCGGGGGGCUCCUGCCUGCCCCUCCCUGGGCCCCUGCUGCUCAGCCCAGCCACGGGCACGUGGCCGUUGUCCCUCCUGGGAUCCAGAGGCGAGUGGGAGCAACAGGGCCAAUGGAAGUGACGUUUGUUGUUGUAACUGGAACAGGGAUUUGUCCUGCAACCAGAUCCUGUCCAUUGAGGAACGGGCUUUUGAGCCACUGCCUUUCCUGAAGUUUCUGUGAGUGGUCAAGUUUCUUUCUGGUGUUUUUCGCUCCGUCUUUGCAUUGGGCACCCUUCCUGCGUAGGAAAAUGCUCCUGUUCUUUUCCCCGCAGUCCCUAGAUCUGCCCUGCCCAGAGCCCAGCUGAGCUGCAGAGCUCGAUGCCGAUGGCUGGGCGGCCACGCCAGGGGACAGGCCCCAGCGGGCUUGUCCACACACAGCCAUCAGAGCAGCCAGUUCUUGCAGCCUCGGCUGCAUCCUGGAACAGAAAUAGAGUCAGCACGUGUGCCCUUCACUUGCCCUCCUGGGCAGGCUACAAACACUGAGAAAGCAGCAGGCGCCGCCCUCUUCCACCUUGGGUUUGCACCUUUCCUGCAAAGGGAUGCCGCUUUGCCCCCCCUUUCUGUAGGGCAGGCCCGAUUCCUUUGCGUGACCUCGUCUUUCCCCAGAAAUCUCUCCGGGAAUGGCCUCACACAGAUCCGCAGCGGCGCUUUCCAGGCCUGGCACGGGAUGCAGUUCCUCCAGGAGCUGAUCCUCAGCCACAACCCGCUGGCUGUCAUUGCUGACGCUGCCUUCUUCCAGCUGCCCUCAGUGAGCUCUCUAGACCUGAGUGCCACCCAAGUGACCCCGCAGACGCUGCUGCAGCUGCUGCAGACCACAGUGAGCUUGGAAACCCUGCAAGUGCCCAAGGAGGCGGCCUGCUGCCUGUGCCUGCGCCCCCGGCCCGAGAGCCCCUGCAGGACCAUCCAGUUCCUGUGCCAGAAGCUGUGCAGCGCCAGCGCCCCGCAGUGCGGUGGGUGUCCGGAGGGGCUGGGGGGAGCUCAAGUCUGCCACUUCUCUUGAGCCUGGGGAGAUGCUGCAGCACUGCCCCGUGCUGGGGGAGGGGUGC